GCAAACAUUCUUUAAUGGCUCUAAAUUUUUGAUAUGUGUUUUUGGACGUCAAUAUCUAGCUUUGAGAGUUGGAAUUACCUAAUUCCAAUCUCCGGUUUGUGAGAUAUGGUCUCUAAAAGACACCUCAAAAAUCUGGAAAUUAUCCUUGCAAAUGGAGCAAUAUUACAAUGGGCUACUUGGCGGUGUUUCAUGUGUGGUGGCUGUGGUCAUGGCUAUUGGGAAUGUUCAAAUAAGUAUGCCAUCCCAUAUGAAGAAUGGACCAGAGACAAAGGUCAAAUCGGAUGCUUUAAUGAAGCAAUAAAUGACCAAGUUCAGCCUGAAGAACCAACUCAUGAUGAGGAAGAGAAAAGCUCCGAUGACGUGAACGUUGUUGAGAAAAUUGUCUUUAACUCUCAUGUUGAAGAUAAAGAUGAAGUCAUCACAGAUGAACCUAUUUUAGAGGCACUGGAGCUGCCUAAUCAUGUCAUCAUUUCUAACGCCGAUGAUUAUGACAUUUCCUUUGUUUUUGAUCAUUUUGUUGAAACAGGUACGAAGGAAGAAAAACCGAGAUUUGUGAAAUACUCAAAAGACGAUUCUUCAGAGUACUAUAUCUUGAUCAUGGAGAAGCACCCCUAUGUUGUCAAUGGGAUAUGUUUGAAGCAGGUUCCAUUCAAGGAAACCAUAUCAUCCCAGAAAUUAUACAAGAAGGUUCCUACUGAUUCAGGAAAGAACCCCAUUGUUAGUGGUUCAUUGAAUUUUCCCUUUGAUAUGGGAAUUCUUAUAUGAACUAUUGAUCUUUUCAUGGUGUGUGCAUAUAUAGUUCGGCCUUAUGGCCAUUGUAAGCAGCAUAUUUGAAUUCAAAAAAACCUUGUUUACUCUUUUGAGUAUUCUCUUAAAAUAGUGUGAUGCUAUUUUAGCCAAAUUCCUAAUUCUAUAUCUUAAGAGUGGUUCUCUUAAGUGUGAGUUUUAGGUUCUAGAUAUUUAAUUAAGUGUGUCAUAUCUUGAUUGAAUUCUAGAUUCAAACCCCAAGUGAGGAUGAGAGUGUGUUAUAUCUCUUAACACCAACUUGGUUUAUCC